AUUGUGCAACAGUUUACACCUGUUAGCCCAGUGACCCAUCUUCUUUGAUAAUGAAGGCACGUGUGGUGGUGAUCUUCGUCUCCUGUCUGGUCGCUGGGGGCGUCCUUGCCUUGGAUAGCACCGAAUGGCAGGAUGGGGAGUGGACCACAGAACCAGAAUACAACAUCAGUGCCAUUGAACCGUUCAGCAAACCAGGAUAUAUCCUUCCAGAUCUUAGCAUAAGUGAUAUCAUUUCUACAGUAGGAACAAUGUACCAAGCAGAAGACCUCGUCCAUGCAAUAGGCUCGUUUUGCAUGGAGAUGAGACAACUUAAUUGGUUGACAAGCGGAGCCAUGGAAGAGUUAUGUCUACCCAUCCUCGAGGCUCUGCGGAAUGAUUCGUAUGCAGAAGCAUAUUCUAUUUGUCGCAGCUCUUGGUCCUUUGUUGCGGAACUCUUUGGAAAUGAAGAAGACGAGUACAGGGACGAAGGCUACCCCGAAGGCGAAUACGGAAUGGAAGGCGAAGACGAGGUCGAUCAUGUUCCAAUCAGACGAAAGCGAUGGGGAUUCAGCAUUCCCCAGAUUGAACUUCCCCCUCUCCCAGAUAUCCAAAAUAUAACUCUUCCACUCUCCCCAAUCCAGGACAUCCUUAAUAUAACCAUCCCAUUUUCGCCAAUACAUGAUAUUUUAAACAUAACUGUUCCCUUUUCACCGGUAGACGAUUUAGAUUUAAAUUGGACCAAUCCCAUAUAUGACGAUACUGCGAAUGUAAUUGGAAAUAUAGGACUCAUCCCACAAUUCAAUAGAAAUUGGUCAUUUCCAUUAUUCGAUGGAACAGAUUUUCCAUUUUUCAAUUUUCCUGACCAGUAUGAAAUAUGUUCAAGUUUGGCCGGGCUCAUAUCUCAUGACAUGCCGACAUAUCCCGAUCUUGAUCAUGGUAAUAUCUUUGGUGUGGUUCUGAAGGUCAUCGUUGCCGAGCAUCUUAAAUCGAUCCCUGGUAAAUGCACGUCUUUCCUAGACGACUACGAGGGGAGUGGUGAUACUGGCGGAGACCCUCUCUUCGAUACCGACACUGAUGCCAUGAUUGACGCCUUUGCAACUCUUGGUGGCUUCGAUGACAUCGAACAGAUAUGUAAUGUUUCCGGUUGGGCUCUCAUCAUGACAGAUCAAGGAAAUUUCGAACUUUUUAACGAACUUGUAAACCAAACAACUGCAAGCAUUUACAGUGUUAUUACCAACAGAAGUCGAUGCAUUGAUUUUGCAGAUAGUCUUCAUGACACUUUUGACCUAGGACGCGGAAACUUCUCCCAUAUCACAAGUAGCGAUGCCUUUUGUGAUGAACUAUUUCAUUAUCCCUUCUGGAGAGGCAAUAUGAGCGAGAUUGACUUUUACCUUUAUGAGAACAUGGAUGAAAAAGAUGGUUUCAUUCACUUGCUCUUUUUCAUUGAGAUGCUUUCCCACAAAUCGGACUUGGGUGCCCUUGAGUUUCUCUGCCGAAUGUCUCCGUAUACUGAUGAAAGAUUCUGUACCGCUUUGGCCUAUAAUGAAUACAGGGAUGUUUCGAGAGAAGAAAUUAUAGAGCGGUGUCUGAGGUACACGUCAUUUAAUAGCUUUGAAUUUGAUUUCUUGGCCCUUGUAAAUGCUUUCGGGGUAGAAUUUGGUUUUGAUUUCUACGACUUUGGUCAAACCUGCUCACAUCUGACUGAUAUCAUCUUUAAUGACGAAAUCAAACAGAAAUUUACCAUAAGAAAUGUGAUCCAGAUGGGAAUGAAAGCAUUUGGCCGUGCCCUGGCACCUAUGUUCUGUGAUUUGCCAUCAUUCCGAAACGGUUCGCUGGAUUCAUUAGAAGCUCCAUGCGAGAUUCCAGGGCGAGGUUGCUUCAAUUGGACAAUACCAGGUAAUGACUUCUUCUUGGAUCGUUUGGAUGUAGGCUUUAUUACCGGAACAAUAUUUAGCUUUCUUGGAGGCUACAGGGAUGGUGAUCACGUCUGCCACCAGAUGGCUUUUGCAUUGGAAAACGAUACACUGCUAGAUAUGGUGGCAGGUAGAUUGGAAGAGAGUAUCUACAGACUGUUUGAUAAUGCAACAUUCUGCUCUGACACAAUUGACCUCAUCACAAAGCUCAUGGGAAUUGACGCAGACAUUGCUCCUUUAAUCGGAUUCAUUAGUACCGAUUCAUUCUGCUUGGAAAUGUCCGAAAUCUUUCAUCAAGAGCGCAACUACAACUUCAGCUUUGACUCUUUCCUCAAUCUCUUUGUAAACGAAGUCGACGGAGGAGCACACUUUGUUACAUCUGAGUCCAUUAUGUAUGCCACGGCUGAGAUGAUGAAAUUCGCUGCCAUGGUCAUUCAUUCAGAUACCAUCGGAGAUGCCAUUUACACAUCCUGUCAAAUGUGGCAAGGGUCGGGUCCUUUCUUUUUGAGGCAUAUAUUCGAGGUUGAUGAAUUUUGUCAAGCGGUAUUGGCACUUGAUCCAGGAAAACUUGAGCAUGUGUGCAUCUACGACCUUAUUCCCUGGCUUAAGUAUGGUCUGGACCAUCAUGAUGAUGAAAAGGAAGAAGAGAUAGACUUUAAUUUCGGAAGCCUUUUUGAAACUGUAGGCGAAGAGUUUGGCUUCGACUUUUCUGACUCUGGCCAAAGUUGUUCUCAUCUAAAUGAUAUCUUAUUCAAUGAAACUGUCGCCCAAUCCUACUCAAUCGACAGCGUUAUUGUCAAGGGAAUAAGAAUUAUUGGGAAGACUGUAUCACCAAUUUUCUGUGAGUUUGAAAACCUUUCAGAGACCGAUUUAGAAGAUCCAUGCAUGAUUCCUGGACAAAGCUGUUUUAAUUGGUCAAGCCGAGGAGAAGAUUACUUCCAUGAUCGGGAAGAUAUCGGAUUUAUCAUUGGCACCAUUUUCAGUUACUUCGGAGGCUACAGAGAUGGUGACCACCUUUGUCAUCAGAUGGAAUUUGCACUACAUGAUGAUUCGCAGCUUGACAUGGUAGCGAAUAAAAUGAAAGAUAGUGUAUUCCGAUUCUUCAGCGACCAAUCUUUCUGUUCUGGAACCAUGGGCAUAAUCAGCAACCUCAUCGGACAAGACGUGGAUGCAGCAACUAUACUAGGCUUCGAGAAUGCAGAUUCAUUCUGUGGAAAUGUUAAUCAAAUCUACAACGACAAUGGCGAUCUUCCUGUCAAUUUGGAGCCUCUCUAUGUCCUGUUUGACAGUAUGGAUGAAUACGGUGAGGUUGAUUCUCAUGCCAUUGCCAAUGCUACAAUCGAAAUCAUCAAAUUUGCCACAAUGCUCCUGCAUUCCGAAGAUAUGGGUGAUGCCCUUUCGAGGACCUGCCACGUGUGGCAGGCUUCUGCCGCAAUGUUCAAUGUUUCAGAGAUUGAUGACCUAUGCCAAAUGGUCAUUGAAAGCAAUGCCGAUGCCCUUUAUGAAGUCUGCACUGAUGAACUUUACCCUUUUAUUCACUGGCUCGAGUAUGGAUCAGACCGUCCUGAUGAAGAAAAAGAAGAAGAAAUAGACUUUGACUUUGGUGGCCUGCUUGAAACAGUAGGCGAAGAAUUUGGCUUCGACUUUUUCGACUCUGACCAAAGUUGUUCUCAUCUAAAUGAUAUCUUAUUCAAUGAAACUGUCGCCCAAUCCUACUCAAUAGACAGCAUUGUUGUCAAAGGAAUAAGAAUAAUUGGGAAGACUGUAUCACCAAUUUUCUGUGAGUUUGAAAAUCUUCCAGAGACCGAGUUAGAAGAUCCAUGCAUGAUUCCUGGACAAAGCUGUUUUAAUUGGUCAAGCCGAGGAGAAGAUUACUUCCAUGAUCGGGAAGAUAUCGGAUUUAUCAUUGGCACCAUUUUCAGUUACUUCGGAGGCUACAGAGAUGGUGACCACCUUUGUCAUCAGAUGGAAUUUGCACUACAUGAUGAUUCGCAGCUUGACAUGGUAGCGAAUAAAAUGAAAGAUAGUGUAUUCCGAUUCUUCAGCGACCAAUCUUUCUGUUCUGGAACCAUGGGCAUAAUCAGCAACCUCAUCGGACAAGACGUGGAUGCAGCAACUAUACUAGGCUUCGAGAAUGCAGAUUCAUUCUGUGGAAAUGUUAAUCAAAUCUACAACGACAAUGGCGAUCUUCCUGUCAAUUUGGAGCCUCUCUAUGUCCUGUUUGACAGUAUGGAUGAAUACGGUGAGGUUGAUUCUCAUGCCAUUGCCAAUGCUACAAUCGAAAUCAUCAAAUUUGCCACAAUGCUCCUGCAUUCCGAAGAUAUGGGUGAUGCCCUUUCGAGGACCUGCCACGUGUGGCAGGCUUCUGCCGCAAUGUUCAAUGUUUCAGAGAUUGAUGACCUAUGCCAAAUGGUCAUUGAAAGCAAUGCCGAUGCCCUUUAUGAAGUCUGCACUGAUGAACUUUACCCUUUUAUUCACUGGCUCGAGUAUGGAUCAGACCGUCCUGAUGAAGAAAAAGAAGAAGAAAUAGACUUUGACUUUGGUGGCCUGCUUGAAACAGUGGGCGAAGAAUUUGGCUUCGACUUUUUCGACUAUGAUCAAAGUUGUUCUCAUCUUACUGAUAUUCUCUUCGAUGAAAUUGUCGCCCAAUCCUACUCAAUCGACAGCGUAGUUGUCAAGGGAAUAAGAAUUAUUGGAAAGACUGUAUCACCAAUUUUCUGUGAGUUUGAAAACCUUCCAGAGACCGAGUUAGAAGAUCCAUGCAUUACUCCUGGACAAAACUGUUUUAAUUGGUCAAGCCGAGGAGAAGAUUUCUUCCAUGAUCGGGAAGAUAUCGGAUUUAUCAUUGGUACAAUUUUCAGUUACUUGGGAGGCUACAGAGAUGGUGACCACCUUUGUCAUCAGAUGGAAUUUGCACUACAUGAUGAUUCGCAGCUUGACAUGGUAGCGAAUAAAAUGAAAGAUAGUGUAUUCCGAUUCUUCAGCGACCAAUCUUUCUGUUCUGGAACCAUGGGCAUAAUCAGCAACCUCAUUGGACAAGACAUGGAUGCAGCAAGUAUACUAGGCUUCGAGAAUGCAGAUUCAUUCUGUGGAAACGUUAAUCAAAUCUACAAUGACAAUGGCGAUCUUCCUGUCAAUUUGGAACCUCUCUAUGUCCUGUUUGACAGUAUGGAUGAAGAAGGAGAGGUUGAUUCACACUCCAUUGCCAAUGCUACAAUCGAAAUUAUCAAAUUUGCCACAAUGCUCCUGCAUUCCGAAGAUGUGGGUGAUGCCCUUUCAAGGACCUGCCACGUGUGGCAGGCUUCUUCUGCAAUGUUCAAUGUUUCAGAGAUUGAUGACGUAUGCCAAAUGGUCAUUGAAAGUAAUGCCGAUGCCCUCUAUGAAGUCUGCACUGAUGAACUUUACCCUCAUUUUAUUGAAUUGUUUAUUGAAGGCGGGCCACAUGAUGUUGAUCCUAAUCGUACAGCUCCCAUCGUUGACUUAGUCGAUUUAUCGAAUGUUGAAAUCUGCCUCGAAAACGGCGAGGUGACUUUUGAAGGAUUGGAAGAUUUAGAUAUCUUGGCAUAUCUAAUGCAGAUCACAAGUAAGCUCUACAAUGUAACCGAAAUCGAUGAAGAUAACAUCUGUAAAGGAAUAACAAACGUGAUACAAUCAAGGAAGGACAUUCCGACGCUGAUCACUGAAUUUGUUGUGGAAUGGAUGACAGUUUUUAUGCCGCUUGGUGCUGAACUGUGCUCUUGUUGGGAUCAAGCUUUCGGUUAUAUCUUCCAGGAGACAGGUGAUUCAGGAUUCGGUGUAGACCAACUCAAUGAGAUUGUCUUGAUUGCUGUGGAUAGCAUCGGACUGGCGAGUCAUCAUGAGCUUUGCAACGAUCUUAUCCACCUCAAGCCGGGUAACAUGACUGAAUAUGCAGAGAUGAUAAUGGAGGAAAUCCUUGAUUUCACUGCUAAUCCAGAGAAAUGUUCCUGUACUGUCAAUCGUGUGAUUGAUUUCAUUCUUCCCUUGGUCAAUGUUACAAUGGAAGAAUUCCACAACUACACCUACCAGUUCCUAGGGUUUGAAUCAGUGGAACAUGUAUGCAGUUUCGUUGCUGAGUCCUUCUCGGGUGUAAUCGUCGACCCGUCAGAGAUAACUUGUAAUGACCAGCAAGCACCUACGACCCAACGCACCACACAACCUACGACCCAACCCACGAUUACGACUCAAGCUUCAACUAAAAGCUCAAAUGAUACUGUAUCUGAGGAGGAAGAAUGCUUUUUCAUCAGGGAUUGUGCCGGUGUAUGUAACGGUGACGCUCGCUACGAUUGUGCCGGAGAAUGCGGCGGUAGCGCCGAACUCGACUGCGCCUUCACCUGCGGUGGUUCUGCGACCACCAACGGCUGUGGCUGGUGCGUCGGAGGUGAAUCGGGGAGACCAAACGACUUCGGUUACGAGUGCGGUUCGUGCAAAGGGGAAAGUACGGCAACGACCGUCGAUUGCAACAACGAUUGCAACGGCACAGCUUACCGUGAUGCAUGUCAAGUUUGUGUUGGUGGCAAUACGGGUGUGGAUGAAGAUUUCAGCGCCUCUAGCCUGAAUUGCCUGGGACUUUGUGACGAUAGAUAUAUACUCAAUGAUUGUGACGAAUGUGUGCCGAAUACACUUGGGACCAUUUUCUCAACAAAAGACUGUAACCACGAGUGCAAAGGACUUGCCAUUAUCAAUGAAUGCGGUUACUGUGUCGGAGGUAGCACCAACAGGCCUGCUGAUACCGGGCUCACUGAAUGUGGAGUGUGCAAUACAACAUCAGAUCCAGAAUUCUGUUUCGGCUGUGAUGGCGUCGCCUACAGUGAAGCUACGACCGACGCUUGUGAUGUCUGUGGUGGAGAUGGCAGCACUUGUUUUACCGUUGAUAGUAUAGCCCCCUCUCUCAUCCCAGCUGACACCGAUUAUCAGGUCAAACUUCGCGGAGCCGGUUUUCAGGACGCGACAACUAAACAAUGUAAGUUCCUUGAUAGCAACGGCGAGCAGAUCGACGCUGUGGAUAUCACCAACGAGGUCGGCGAUGAGUUCAAUUGCACCGCUAAUCUCCCUGCAGGAACGUACUCAGUAUACCUUUCUACGGAGUCAACAGAACUAUCCGAGGAAUCCGUUAACCUUUAUGUUUAUCAAGAAAUCACCGUAAACAGCAUAUCUCAAAGUGAGUUUGAUAUAGAUGAUAGCGAGACCUCCAUCUCCGUUAACAUGGUGUCAACAAGUGGAGCCUUUACGGCUUAUAAGACAUUGACCACACCCAAAGCUAUCAUCUACACUGAAACUGAGAGAAUUGUCAUCGAUGGAACCUUUGGCGGAGACAACGAUGAUCUUCUGGAGUUUUCGGGUCCAAUGUUGACGACCUCGACGCAGGUUACCGUGUAUCCAUCCUUCAAUGGAAUCGACUCUCUGGCUACCCCCGAUAAUGCAGGUUUCACCAUCACCUACUACGCCCCCGCUCCGGUUGUCGAGAGUCUAAAGUUUUCAUCCACGGGACAUCUACUUGAACUCGAGUUUGACGUGGCAAUCAAUGAAGAUGCUGUGACGUCAUGUGAUGCAAUCUUCAUGAAUACGACGACCCUGGGAGGCGAGGAUGCCCAGUGCUAUGCAUUUCCUUUCCUAAGAGUUAUUUACAUUCUACCUUCAAGUCUGGACGGUGGAAGUCUUAUUGAACCAGAUGAUGAACUGAUUCUGCGCGAAAAUAUCCUGAAGAAGCGUGAUGAGGAGUAUGCUCGGUACGCCAGUGGAACACUGACGGCAUCUUCCCCCGACGAAGCGGUUUCCGUUAUCGCUGACCUUCAGGGUACUGAAGUAAUAAGCAGUUGUGGAAAUGUCCGUCUCAGUGCUUUGCGAUCCCGUGGAAGCGCAGGGCGUUCUUUCACCUAUCAAUGGUCUGUGUCCAGUGACGGUUCGAUCCCAACCGAAUUGACGGAUGAACUAACAGCCGCAGAGAAUUAUGCAUUUGUCAGUCUGGCGGGAUCCUAUCUGGACCCAAAUACGGAAUAUACCUUUAUCAUAACGGUAGAGAACUUCCUUGGAGGAAGUGACACCGACAGCUUAGUGGUGACUCGAUCUGAUCUUAACAGACCAGACGUAGUGAUCUACCCAGAAAGAGUUGAUAUCAGCAGCGCCCUCAUCUCUCAAUACUUUUUCCUCCGCGCCUCUGUGCGUUUCUCCGAGGCGUGUGGUGGAGCAGAGCAAAUGGUAUAUUCCUGGUCAGUGGAUGAUGAUAGCAUCGCUCUUAACCUGUUGACAAUGAGCAAACCACUCUUAUACGUUGGAGCUGGUACUCUUCCGGGCGACACCGACGUGACCUUCACCUUGGAGGUCAGCAGAGAGAGUGACCCAUCCACAGUGACCACGCAGACUGUUACCGUUACCACGGUUUACUCCGACCUGGUUGCCCUGAUCGCUGGAGGGUCUGAAAGAACCAUUGGCGUCGACAGCGGUAAUUUCACACUGGAUGGAUCUUCGUCUUCUGAUCCUGAUAAUCAAAACGAAGAGAUGGCCUACCUGUGGACUUGUGAGGAGUUGAACUCAGAUACAGGAAGCUAUGAUCCGUGUGUAUCAAGCGACACCCGUGAGUUGUUCCCGACAGAAGGCGAAUCUACAGCGAGCACUUUGUCAUUAGCUUCCAACAAUCUCUACUCUGAUUCAACCUACCGGUUCACCCUCGAGAUCACCAAACUAUCGAGGACGGCAUCAACCAGUGUCACCGUCAUCGCAAAAGCUGGCAAUCCCCCACAGAUAACUGUUCCUGAACCCCUCCCAGACAAGAUCAAGAGCAGUAGUUCCCAUACUUUACGAGUAUAUAUCACCCACACAUCAGAUAUUACUAUCGAGUGGGCAACCGUCGAUACAGAUCUCGGAUACGGAUACGUUGACUUUUCACAGCUGAGUAGUCAGGAGCUUCUCCUACAAGGAGAGACGUCACCUUUCUUUACAACCGCUUAUGUUGCCAUCCCUACAGGGACUUUGGAAGCGGGGUACACUUACUCUUUCUCUGUGACGGUAACCGACGCAGAAGGUCAGGUCUCGACUAGCAAGAUCGCCACCACGACAUACGGAGGGGUGUCAUCCUGUACCCUUGGCAUCGUUGAUGGUUCUACAAGCUAUCAAGAGCUUGAUGAGAUCACUCUGGUGACUCAGAAUUGUGUAACGGAUGCCGAAGCCUAUCCUCUGACCUAUCAGAUACUCCAUGAGAGGGCAGAGUCCUCUGGAACUCGUUACAACGCUCUAACAGGUGCCUUAGCAGAGGCCAGUAUCACCAUCGUAGGUCUCACAGCCUUUAGCAACGACCAGAACACAUUUGCCGUCAAGGUAUGCAAUGAUGUUGGUAUCUGUUCCCUGUAUGCUCUUACACUUGAUGUCACUGCAAUUGAAUCUUUCACUCAAGAGCAGUUUGAGGAAAGUAUAGCCAAUCUAGUCGAUCCACAAAAGCUUUCAGGAAACUUCCUUGAUGCGUUGGUCACCUUCAACACCAUCGCAUCCGUUGGCGUCAGCGAGAGCAGGAAACGAAGAGCUGUGGCAGAGACGUCUGCUACAGCUACAGAGCAGCUGGAUCUUCUACAGAGUGCUAUCUCCUCGACGGUUCUCGACACGGCAUCCGCCCAGACCCUUCUUGAUCAAUCAGACAGCGUGGUCGUUGCCGAACUGACUCUCGCCGACAUGGAUGUUUACCUGGAUAUCCUUAUCGAGCUUGUAGACGUGUUCAGUGAUGAAGAACUCCCCGAGUCUAGCGCUGAGACAGUUCUUGAGAAAUCGAGCCAGAUUGCUUCGGAGCUUGACCCGCAGUACAACUCUGACAUGUUUGCAAAGAUUGCGACCCUAAGGAACACACUAGUCAAGGGCCAGCUGAGUCAGAUCCCUCUCGGUGGGGAACCUACCGAGACCAGAGCUGGGUCCCAGACCACCAGGGCUUUCUAUGCUAUUCCGCGUGACACCCUGAGCACAACAUCAGAUAACACUUCCUUCAGCGUCAAGUUCGGAAGCGAGAUCGAAAACUUAUAUGCAAGCUGGACGUGUGCUUCUGGGGGUACUUGUUCUGGUGUUCAGAUAAGGUUUACUCAAUACGAUGAUGAUGUUGAUCAUUACUCCACUUCCGCUGAAGAUAUGGCUAACAGAGCUUCGUCCAUCCUAGAAAUAGAUCUGCUUGAUCCAAGUGAUUCAUCCGAGUUAGAUAUCACCGGACUUACCAGUCCCAUCUCAAUCAACAUGACCGCAACCAUUCUCCAAGACGAUAAAGUCUACGACUGCUACUAUUGGGAUUCCAGCAAUAGCUCAUGGAGCCAAGACGGACUUACGACUGUCUACCACUCAACCGUCCUGUCAGAGUGCCAAACAACUCACCUUUCGGCAUUCACGCUGAUCUCCGUCGAUGCACCGACCACGGUUCCCAUGCCGACCACCGUAGAUGAUGACGGCACUUCUUCUACCGAUUCUGGAGCUACGACCGCCACAACAGAAGUCAGUGAGAGCGGCGGCAGAGGUGGACUUAGCACUACCGGCAUCAUCGUCAUAGCCGUGGUCAUACCUGUCGUUCUGAUUCUGAUCAUCGUCAUCGCCAUCGUGGUCAUUAUGUCGAAGAAAUCCUCUAAAAUCGGAAGCGCUGAUGUGGAGAACACGAACAGCAACGGUGCUGGCAUGGGCACCAGUACCGCUGGUGGGCUUGUGCCCGUUGAGUCCGCUAACCAGGCCUUUAGUACCCCGAGCCAUAACCCACCAACUGCUCCCCCCGCCAAGCCGUCACAUACCGUCGAAGUUGCCGCUGUCCCUGAACCAGUCGCCCAGGACCCUAUCAUGGACGCUACGAGCCUCCCCGGGUCUCCGGAGCCCCCUCCAGAAGGACCCCACAUCGAUACUAUCAUACGGGACGCACAGGAGGGUGGUAGGGCUCAAACACCCGUAGACAGAGCCAUGACACCUGUGGAAUAAAUUAUACCCCCAAAAUAAAACAAAAUUAGAUGAAUUAAACCAAAUUUAUAGAGAGGUAAUGGAUGUAAAAUAGCAACUUCCCAUAUGCAGCUUUUCAGUGAUAUAUUACUUUCACCACUGACGCCACGCAUGACUCAAUUAAUGGAUACUGAAGACAACAGGUAUAAUUUUCAUUUUCUAAAGGUUCUGUAUACAAGUUAUGUCAAGUUAUGCUAAAGUAGAACCUUCACUGAUUCA